AGAAAGUGUUAUCUUCACUGUAAGAAAGCCGAACUCGUGAGAUAUGAUUGCAAACUUCACGAGAUAAGAUAUAAAUCAUAUUUGACCAAAAAAAAAAAAAAAAACCCACCAUGAAAUAUCCUCCAUGUAUUAAACGGGAAAUAUUCCAAGUACUAUUAAAUAGAGUCCAGAAUGGGUAAGACAAAAGAUGAUCUGUCUAGUUAAACGGUCCAAGAAGCGAUGCUCUCUUAAGCAGAUUCACUUAUGCCAGGUCUGAAAUCAACUGUACAGCACGUAUUGUAAUGUUACCAAACAUUGUGUGCCAAAACGGUAGCAGGUCACAGUGUUGCGUACCCUGACCACUGAAUGUAGGGUACUUGUAAUACUACCCUAGACACGCCAUUAGCAACCACCAGCAAUAAGGUUACGGCAGCCACUGGUGUAGCCGGGAUGGUGGCGGGGGAGCAUGGGAUAUUGCUCCCCCAAAUCACACCUCUUGUUUCUCACCACAUUUUAUAUUUGCCUGUCGUGUAAAAAAACCUCAAAGACAGUAUGGUUGCCCCCUCCCAUGUGGGUGGCUCCUUAUGUAAAAUAUGCCGAAGUUUACUGCUAAAACAAUCAAAUGCAAAAUAUUUUACAUUUAAUUUCUUCUGUUAUAACUUUCACCUGAACUUUUAAAAAAAGAAAAAAGUACAUAAUAGACUACAUAGCGAUUUUUCAAUGUUCUUACUAAGUAGGCCUAUAGUUUAACCCAACCGCACAUCGUUUAGAAAUCCUGACCAGUCCUUGAGGUAUAUCAUCAUUCUUAACAUGCGAUGUUUAGUGUGUGCAAAAAGAUUGAAACACCAAAUUCUGUUUACUCAUACAUGUGUAUUUAGUUUACAAAAUUUGAUGCAAGAAGGCAGCCGACUACGGGCAUGCCAUCUUCCAAAAUGGCCGCCGUUCUUAAGAACAAAUCUGUGAUGGCCAUAUAGACCGCGGCCAAGACCUACUUUUACAUAUUAUAUAUAAAAGAAAAUCAAGCUAGCUAAAUCACAAGACAUUUUAUAUAUGCAAAAUUUAGUAUAUGACACUUGAAAGAAUAUGCAGAGCCAAUAAAGACGGUCAUUUUGAAAACAAAAGCUCUGUUGGCCACGCCCUCAUAUUCAAAUGUCAAACUUUAUUACUGUUUAUGAUUCCCAAUGUUUGUUUUAAACUUUCUUACAAAUUUGAAGCAACGCAAUAUUGUAUGUUGCUUUUAAUGAUUAGCCUAGUGAAGAUUUACAAUGGCGGCCAUUUUAAAAAAGGGUCGGCAGAUCCGAGUGAUCUAGAAAACAUUAAAAAAUACUUAGGGUAGGGUGGGGCAAGACGCACCCUCGGGGUAAAACGCCUCUUUCCAUUUACUCGGCCUGUAUGGACUUUAUGCGGAUGUCUAACGACUGCAGACAGUGCUGCCAUCAAACGGCUGGUGUAUACAAAAGCACAAACGCUGAUAACUGACGAUAAUGGUUCGGAUAUAUAAAAGGAAAACGGACCGAGGGAAGUAUGGUGGUGAAAAGCUCAAAUCAGCACUAAAUGCCCUAAAAGAUCAGCCGCUGAAGCAGGUUAGUCGCCAGUAUGGUAUUCCAGCUCGCACGCUACGUCGACACCGGGACCUCAAGGUGAAAUACAGCGGCGUUGUUGUUCUUGGGCCAAAGCAGCCAGUGUUGUCACAUGACGUCGAACGCUUACUGAUCCAACAUAUUACACACAUGGAGAGGUCUUUGUAUGGGCUAUCGACGGUCGAUGUAAGGCGACUUGCUUUUGAACUAGCUGAACGACUUGGCAUCAAGCACAACUUCAAAUCCGAAUCGAAGAUGGCUGGUCGUGAUUGGUUGCAAGGCUUCUUCAGUCGUCAUCCAGAUAUAGCUAUCCGCAUUCCCCAGGGUACGAAUAUUGCUCGCGCCGUUGGCUUCAACAAAGCAAAGGUUGAACAGUUUUUCAAACUUUACAAAACAGAACUAAACCGUUGCAACUACACUGCAAGUAGAGUUUGGAAUGUAGAUGAAACUGGAAUCACGAAUGUCCAGAAGCCUGGUAAGAUCAUUGCCACUAAAGGAAUUCGACAGGUGGGGAAAGUGACAAGUGGUGAGCGUGGAACCACUGUAACUGUAAUCUGUGCAAUCAAUGCCGCAGGCACGUAUCUACCGCCGAUAAUGAUUUUCCCCAGGAAAAGAAUGGCAGAGUCCUUGAUGACUGGCGCACCUCCACAAUCAGUCGGCUACUGCAGCGCCAACGGCUGGACAGACUGCAACCUCUUUGUCCAAUGGCUCGAGCACUUUGUAGACGUUACGAAUGCCUCGGUCAACGUGCCACAGCUAAUUAUACUAGACGGUCACCACAGCCACAAGACUAUUGCUGCAGUUGAGUAUGCAAGGAACCAUGGCAUCACGAUGAUCACAUUGCCACCGCAUUGCACACAUAAAAUGCAACCGCUGGAUAGGACAUACUUCAAGUCCCUCAAAUCUGCAUACAAUGCAGCAUCAGACAGUUGGAUGGUAGCAAAUCCAGGAAAGCGCAUCUCCUUGCAUGAUAUGGCAGCUUUGUUCGGCAAGGCAUUUCUACGAUCUGCUACUGCAGACAAAGCCGUCAAUGGAUUCCGAACAUGCGGAUUGUGGCCAUAUGAUGAGACUGUGUUUACCGACAACGAUUUUGCUGCAUCGAUGGUGACAGACGAGGACCCAUUACCGCCAACUGAUGCGCCUGAUCAGUCAACCGAUGCGCCUGGUCAGUCAACCGAUGCGCCUGGUCAGUCAACUGAUGCACCUGGUCAGUCAACUGAUGCGCCUGCCAUCGCUGGUCAGUCAACUGAUGCGCCUUCCAUCGCUGGUCAGUCAACUGAUGCACUUGCCAUCGCUGGUCAGUCAACUGAUAUGCCUGCCAUCGCUACUCAGUCAACUGGUGCGCCUGCCAUCGCUGGUCAGUCAACUGAUGCGCCUGGUCAGUCAACUGAUGCGCCUGCCAUCACUGGUCAGUCAACUGAUGCGCGUGCCAUCGCUGGUCAGUCAACUGAUGCGCCUGGUCAGUCAACUGAUGCGCCUGCCAUCACUGGUCAGUCAACUGAUGCGCGUGCCAUCACUGGUCAGUCAACUGAUGCGCGUGCCAUCGCUGGUCAGUCAACUGAUGCGCCUGGUCAGUCAACUGAUGCGCCUGCCAUCACUGGUCAGUCAACUGAUGCGCGUGCCAUCGCUGGUCAGUCAACUGAUGCGCCUGGUCAGUCAACUUAUGCGCCUGCCAUCGCUGGUCAGUCAACUGAUGCGCCUGGUCAGUCAACUGAUGCGCCUGCCAUCACUGGUCAGUCAACUGAUGUGCCUGCCGUCGCUGGGAAAUCAACUGAUGCGCCUGCCGUCGCUGGGACAUCGAAUGAAGUUCCUACCGUGUCUGGUCAGUCGACUCAUGUGACUCUUGUCGCAGGUCAGUCAGCAGCCACAAACAUGUUUGCCACAUCACCAGAUACUCGUCCAUUGUCAUGCUAGUCAGCAGAGCAGAUCAUAGAAGAGCUGUCUCCACGACCCAAACUGUCACAUCGACGCCCUCGGACACGUGUUGCGGAAUCUGCUGAGGUGCUGACGUCGUCCCCAUACAAAAGCAGGUUGGUUGAGAUAGCGGAAAAGAAAACUAAAAAGGCUGUGAAAGAACUAAGACCGGCAAAGAUGAUUACAAAGGGGAAAGGCCAGAGCAGUGGAAAAGGAAAAGGAAAGGCUAAACCAAGACCACGUAAGAAACAGAGGUGCGAAAUGAGCAGCAGUGAGGAUGAAGAGUGGCCAUGUCUUAUAUGUGGAGAACCAUUCGAAAACAGCAGACCACGCGAAGUGUGGGUCCAGUGCCAUGACUGUAAGAAAUGGGCGCACAGAGAUUGUACAGAGGGUCAAGACUGUUUUAUUUGUCCCAACUGUGAUUCAGAUAGUGACUGAUAUCUGAUUCAAUGAUACAAACACCAGUUCAGAUACAAAUAGGGGGCAAACUGUUGUUUUAAUGAAGUUCAGGUUUCUUCCUUGAUUAAAAGUUGAAAGUUUUGUUUCAUUUAUGCUGGGGCAUCUUACCCCACAUUAAAGGGCGUUUUGCCCCAGGCACGGGGCAAGAUGCCCCCUUGGAUAAAAAUAUUUUUAUUAAAGAUUGCAUGUUCAA